CAUUUAAUCAUGUAUAUUGACAAGGAUAUGAAAGAUUAAAGUCAAUUGAUCAGCGUAAAAGUAAACGCACAAAAUAUAAUGAUUUAGUUUUGCGAUAUUGUUGAUGUGUAAACGUACUUUUGUUGUUUUACAAGCUUCAUCGAGUUGAAUUGAGGAAUGAAGUUUAAUUCAAAGAUUGUUAAUAUUUUAUCAUUAAUCUCAUUGAGUUGGUUAGCUGGUUUAAAUUCAUUUCCGUUUCAUCGUGAACCCUCUCAUCAUGAAUCGUCAAAUCGUUUAAUUGUCAUCUCAUUUGAUGGCUUCAGAGGUGACUAUUUAUCGCCCAUUUUGACGCCAAACUUAUGGUCGAUCAUGAAAAAUGGUGUUACUGGGUCAAUGUUUCCUAUGUUUCCAAGCAAAACAUUUCCUAAUCAUUUUUCAAUCGCAACUGGUCUUUACCCCGAGUCUCACGGGAUCAUCGAUAAUCGAAUGUAUGAUCCAGAAUUCGAUGAAGUUUUUAAAAAGACGAACUCAGAUCCUAAGUGGUGGGAUAAUGGAUACUCUCUGCCUCUAUGGAUCGCCAAUGAGCUUUCUGGACACAAAAGCGGAGUCGCCAUGUGGCCAGGCUGUUGUACCUCAUAUCGUGGGCGGUCAGCAAGCUACAUGUGCGACUAUAAUAAAACUAUGAGUUUCGAAGAGCGAGCCGAUAUUGUGUUCAAUUGGAUGACUCGAAAUGACGAUCCAGUCAAUCUUGCCUUCCUUUACAUUAACCAACCCGAUUCAUCGUCACACGAAUAUGGACCUUUCAGUAAAAAAGUAAUACGACAAAUCAUGCAUGCCGACCAAUUCGCAGCUUACUUGUUGGAAGGUUUGAAGAAACGAAAUAUGUCAGAAAAUACAAACAUGAUAUUCUUGAGUGACCAUGGAAUGAACGAAAUCAACAAAAAGACCUCAGUCAAUUUAACUCAACUUUUGGAUACAAGUUUAUUCCGUCAGUUUGGUGGGACACAAGUCAUCGGUAUCCUUCCAGUUGAAGGUGCAUUUAAUAAAGUACAUAAAAUGCUCGUCGAUAAAGCAUCCAGCAACCAUUACAAAGUUUACAUUAAAUCACAAAUUCCAGAAGAAUAUUUUUACAGGAAUAAUCGUCGAAUCAUGCCAAUAAUUAUAGAAGCUGAACCUGGUUAUGAAAUUACAUUCAGUGAUUGGAUUCAUGAUCAACCUGUUUGGGGCAAUCAUGGUAAUGAUAACAGACAAUCUGAAAUGAGAUCAUUGUUCAUUGGUUACGGGCCUCUUUUUAAACAAGGCUUUAAAUUGACUGAAUCUGAAUUUUUCAACAUUGAUCUCUACCCAUUAAUGGCUAAAAUAUUAAACAUUAAUAUUCAUGGUUAUUCUUUCAAUGGAACUGAUAAAUUGACCCGACAAUUCUUAAAUUUUUAUUAUUGACCAAACGAUGUUAUUAAUACAAU